UGGAAUUGAAGCAUUGAUUACGGGAUUUUGUGAUGAAUAUCCGGAAGUACUAGCACGAAGACGUGAAAUAUUCGUAGGUGUCAUAAUCGUUGCCUAUUAUUUUGGUAGUCUUCCAACCGUUACUUAUGGUGGCAAAUAUGUUAUACCAUUUCUUGAUGAAUACGGUGUAUCAUUAUCAAUAUUAUUUAUUGUAAUGUGCGAAAUGGUUGGUGUUUGUUGGUUUUAUGGAAUACGACAAUUCAGUGAAGAUAUUCAACAAAUGCUUGGCUUUUAUCCAGGAUUGUAUUGGAGAUUGUGUUGGACAUUUUCUCCAGUAAUUAUGACUAUGUUAUUCCUCAUAGCCAUCUAUAAAACAUCAUUUGAACCAAUGGUCAUCGGAUCAUACAUAUAUCCACAAUGGAGUGUCUACAUUGGAUGGUUCUUACGGCUAACAUCAGUUCUUAGCAUUCCAAUUUAUGCGAUCUAUUAUUUCUGCACUGCUAAAGGAACAUUAAAAGAACGUUGGCAAUUUUCGAUAAAACCUCAGCAAACUGAUGAUCAUUCUCGAAUACCACUGAUAGCACCACCAAUAUUGCUAUCUGACACACCGGCAAUCGUCAAAGAUAGCAAUGCGAUCGAGAAUGAUGAAGCUAACGUGGCUACUAAUAACGCAAUCCAUUUGUAG